GGUCAGAAAGUGGCGGGAAAGUAAGAGAAGCUGGCGCUUUGCGCGUGAAAAGGCGUCCAGCUGCCGUGGAGAACAAGUGGAUAUAAUAAAGCUGGAAGGAGCAAUAAGGGACCUGGGACAUUGAGUGAACAGCAGGGAUUGCACUGCUGUAGAGAGAAUUUUUUAAAACCCUCAUUGGGGGGGAGGGAAUUUUACAGACCCUAACAUUAGCAUAAAAAACAUGGCUGCAGGAUUUAAUGAAGAAAAGCGUGCAGGCAAAGGUCCACAGUCCUCUUACAUAAUCAAUCCACACUUGGACUCAAUGAAGGAGGAUAUACUCUACCAUUUCAAUCUCGGAACAGCUACUCACGACUUACCAGCAAUGUUUGGCGAUGUUAAAUUUGUGUGCAUUGGGGGCAGUCCGUGGAGAAUGAGGUCUUUUAUUCAGUACAUAGCUGGCGAACUGAGGCUCUCAGACCCCAACGCCGAUUUCCCUGACAUCUGUGCUGGGACGGACCGCUACAGCAUGUACAAAGCGGGGCCCGUGUUGUCUAUCAGCCAUGGCAUGGGAAUUCCCUCCAUUGGAAUAAUGUUGCAUGAGCUCAUCAAACUGCUUCAUCACGCCCGCUGCACUGAUGUUACCAUUAUCCGCAUUGGAACCUCAGGUGGAAUCGGCCUCAAUCCAGGCACUGUGGUGAUCACCAAGCAGUCGGUGGAUGCCACUUUUCUGCCCCAGUUUGAGCAGAUCAUUCUUGGAAAGAAAGUGUUGAGAAGUACUGACCUGGAUGAGAAGUUAUCUGAGGAGCUUCUCCAGUGCAGCAAAAAGUUAAAUGAAUUUGACACAGUCAUUGGCAACACCAUGUGUACCCUAGACUUCUAUGAAGGUCAAGCCCGCCUAGAUGGUGCCUUCUGCUCAUACACUGAGGAGGAGAAGCAGAACUACUUGGAAGAGGCCUACACAGCUGGAGUCAGGAAUAUUGAGAUGGAGUCGUCAGUGUUUGCUGCCAUGUGCAAACUCAGCGGUCUUCGAGGGGCUGUGGUGUGCGUGACCCUGCUGGACCGCCGGAAGGGGGAUCAGAUGACGAGUUCCCAUGACACCCUCAACGACUACCAGAUGCGGCCGCAGAAACUGGUGCGCCACUACAUUAAGAAGCAGCUGAACGUCGUGUAAAAGGGCUGUCAGAACACAGACACCUGCACAUUGUGUUCCUACAAAAUGAGCCAUAUGGAGAAUUUCAAAUUAAUUUAAUUUUUUCCCACUUUUCAUAAAUCACUUUGGUUAGUAAAGUCAGCCUGUGUUUAGUAAUUUGACUAAUAUGAAUUUAUUAGACUUGAUGUACUGUGAACUUAUGAUUGUGUGAAACCAAGACCAAACAAUAAUUUGUCUGUAGUCUUAGUAUUCUUAAAUCAUAUUGAAAUAAUUGAAAAUAACUGACUCAUUUGCAAGAAAAUGUAUACAGUUUUACUUCAGAUGUUUCAAAUGGCAGUCUCUAAUAAUCCUAAUCCUCCAAAACAAGGGUCUACAAAUGUGUUUUUGCUAGAGAAUCAAACUGCUUUAAGGACACAAAUUUCAAAUUUUAUCCUACAGAUCUACUUUUGUAGCUAUGCAAGCAUAUGGAUACAUACUGUAUUUGUGUAAUAUACUUUCCUUGGUGAAACAUGGAUAUUUGGAGGUUUAAAUUAAGAUGUUAGAAGCUAUUGCUACUUCAUAGGCUUUAAUUUAUGUGUAAACAUUCUCAAAAUUAGUUUCCCAUCUAUUUUCAUAUGAAGUUUAACUAUUUAUUAGCAUGCUCAGUUGUGUACUGUAAUUCAGACAGCAGUUGAAUAGUUUUCUUGCAAGACAACUCACUUUUCUUCAUGAAGCAACAACUUUAUAUAAACAUAUUACCCUAAUGAGGCAUUCAUCCAACCAGUUUACCACCUCUCAGUAUUCGGUGGUGCUGAAUUGUUGGUAUUGUGACUGAAAAAAAUAGUGCGUAUCUUAAUCGUAUGAUUUUUUUAAAAUCUUCAUUUACAUUUUUAAGUACUAUUUUUUAGAAAAAAGUGUCACUAGUGUUAACUGUCUUCACAGUAUUAUUGUGACAGUUUGAACAAAACAGUGCCCAUAGUGUUGUAGCUAAUGCUACUGCCUAUAGAUCCAAAGAUUGCAGGUUCAAAUUCCACCUCCAGUUGUAGUACCCUUACUUCCCUUAAAUUGCU